CACGCCUGCAAUUCUAUUUUGUAGAAUAAGCAAGAAUUAUAAGUGACUAGGUCAUUUGAAAAAGCAGACAUUCUGGUGGAUGUAGUUUUGUUGUUCGCACGAAAAACAUCAAGAGUAACAAAAAGUCGUGUAAGCACAUAGAAAGAUGGCAACAGCAGCAUACAACCAGGGCUGUCAAUAUGUCAUCUCUGCACUGGGACUCGGUUGUUUAUGGCACAACUACUACGCCAACAGGUUCGAUGUUGGGGAGCUUCCUGAACGAUCAUCUCCAAGUAGAGCUUCGGAGGCCUUCUCGAACCAGCUUUGUCGAACAGCCCCUACUGGGCAGCAAACACCUUCAGCUGGAGAGCAAUCCCACCGCGGAUUGCCAGCAGAACUAUUCUCUUUAUCCGGCUUGUGGAGUGGUUCCGGACGAGACGAGACGACCACAUCAGGAUCAUCUUCGUGCUAGAGGCGGCACAAUUUUUUCUAAAAUUACGUGCGGCAGAGCUAGAGCAGCAUCCUUUCUUCUGACAACGCGUCACGGACGCCCAACAUCCUCUUCCUCCUUCGUCAAAGAUAGCACAGCGGAAUCUGCUUUUGCCGUCAAAAAUCAUAAAAAGCACAUACCAUCUUGUUCAUUAUGGAUGAUGUUUUUUCUUCCCUCUAGAUCAGACCAUCGAGGCUCCCCUUGAGACUAUACGUAGUGCGCCCCAUUCCGUUCGCUACCAAAAGCGAUAAGCUUUACUUGUAAUCUCCAUCCAGAUCAUAAGGGGACGAAGGGGAUGGCCGUGAUGGUCUGCCAGGAUGGAACAAUAGACAGGAUUCAUAUUCAUCCUCCUCCUUCUUCGAAGACAGCGUGCUUCCAGAACCACGACUGCAUCCACGGUUUCCGAAUAUCAGCGACCCUAACGCCAGUAAAGCAGAAUUGUCGCGUCCUAUCAUUUGUUAUCCUGCUUUGGCGAACCCGAUCCGCAACGAGCAAGACGCAAUGGAUUUGGCAACCAUGAUUGAAAAGCAUCGAAAAAUGAAACAAAAAGCGUUGAAAGUGUGA